AAAGAAAACAAUUUUGUUUGUAUAUCUGUCAGCGAUGACGCACCUUGUCCCACUUUACUAAAUUUGGUCAGGCUCAUCAUGCUAUAAAAGGACCAGUUCCCUUCACAUUUGAUGAUCAAAUUUCACACCAAAAAUUGUCAUCUUUAAUGGCUACUUCAAGUGUACAAGAAAUUCGUCCUGCAUCUCUCGAUUCUACGUCCCAACCUCCGCCCCUGUUUGAUGGAACUACAAGGUUGUAUAUCAGUUAUAUUUGCCCUUUUGCUCAGCGUGCAUGGAUUACCAGAAAUGCCAAGGGUUUGCAAGAUAAGAUCAAAUUAGUUCCAAUUAAUCUUCAGAACAGGCCUGCUUGGUACAAGGAAAAAGUUUACCCUCAAAAUAAGGUGCCCUCUCUGGAACACAACAACAAAGUGAUUGGAGAAAGUCUCGAUCUGAUUAAAUAUAUCGACAGCAACUUUGAGGGGCCAUCUCUUCUACCUGAUGACCCUAAAAAACAGAAGUUUGCUGAAGAGUUGAUAGCUUACAGCGAAACGUUCCUGACAGAAGUAUAUGGUAACUUUAAAGGAGAUAUUGAGAAGCAUACUGGACCUCAAUUUGACUACUUAGAAAAAGCUCUCGAGAAAUUUGAUGACGGACCUUUCCUCCUAGGACAAUUCAGUCAGGCCGACAUAGCAUAUGCUCCCUUCAUUGAAAGGUUCCAAAUCCUCUUGAAAGAGGUGUUUAAUUAUGAUAUCACAUCUGGAAGGCCAAAACUAGCAAAAUGGAUAGAGGAAGUGAACAAGCUUGAUGGCUACAUUCAGACAAAAGCUGAUCCCAAGGAAGUGGUGGACAAUUAUAAGAAAAAAAAUUUGGCGUAAAACUGAAUAAAACGCUCGAUCCAUACGAAUAAGUGGUGCUCUGUGCUCCAUUCAUGUCAAGGACUUGAAGGAUUAUGCAUUAGUAAUACAUAAAUAAAAUGGUUCUAGUUUGUUUGUUAUCUGUGUAAAUUGAAUCUUAAGACCGUUAUAGCAUUUCAAUUCUCAUGUAUUAGAAAAUUAUGUUUUGUGUGUGUAUCAAGCUAAGUACUUAAUGAAAUAUUAUUUCUCAUAA